AUGAUAUUUCCAAAAAAGGAAAUUACAGCAGAUGUAUUUUCAGAUGAAAGGACAGAAGAAAUGGAGUGUUCAAUUUGGAAUGCAAACUUUCGUUAAUUUGUAAAAACCAAUUUUCUAAUCAUAUUUAAUAAAUACUUGGAAUUAAUAUGCAAAACAAUAAAUGGAUAGAUACUUGGCAUGUAAGGACCCCCUAAUCUUAAAUAAUUAGUGAUUAAAUAUAAGAUUUUUAAGAGAAUCCUAAAACUAUUAUUAAUCUAGAAAAAAUACAACAUCUAAGAUGGUUCGGAUAAUAUGGUUAAAAUAAUAAGAAAAUUGGGAACUGGUCAGCAAGAUGGAAAGGUCUAAUUUUAGAAGAAGUAGGGGGAAACUACUCAGAAUUAGGAUUGAAAUAAGGCUUAUGGAAAGAACCAAUACCAUGUUAUUGCAGGUAAUUGAUAUAAUAAUGAUAAUAUAGUCAUGGUCAAGUGUAUGAAGUAGGAGAAUAUUUAGAUGAUUAGAAAAUAGGAUUAUGGAGGAGUAUAUUUGAGGAUGAAGUAAUGUAAUCAAUUUUAUGAAAAUUAAUUUAGCGGAUAUGGAUAGUACGAUAAACAAUCAAACAAGAUUGGAAAAUGGACUGAGAUAACCAAUAAUUUUUGGGAGUAUUAUUCCAUGCAAAUAAUUAGAUUAAAUUAAGUUACUUUCUGUGGAGAGUAUCAAAAUGGUAAAAAAAUUGGUAAAUGGGAUACUUAUUUAAGAAUUAAAGGACAAGAUUAACUAUUUGAGCAUCUGUAUUUUUCAUUUUUAUGCUGUUAAGUGGUGGUGGAAGCUAUGAUGAAAAUGGAGAUGGUCAAAAAAUUGGAAUGUGGAUUGAGCUUAGUGAUGAGUUUUAUGAGUAGAAAUAUUAUAAUGAUUCAUAAUUCAUAUAGAGAUAAUUAAGUUAGUUUUAAAGGAGAAUAUCAAAAGGAUGCAAAAAUUGGUAGAUGGAAUACAUAUUUAAAGUUUGAUGGAAAUAAUGAAGUGAUGUAAUUGAGAAUAUAAUAAUUUAUCUAGAGGAGGAGGGGUAUAUGAUUAGCAAGAAAGAAAUCAAAAGGUUGGAAAAUGGAUUGAGUUAUGUGAAGGAUUUAACGAGUAGAAAAAAUUAUUAUUAAAUAUUGCUUUAGAAAGAGUUAAAUUAUUAUUGAAGGAGAAUAUCGAAAAGGAGUUAAAGUUGGUAGAUGGAAUACUUAUUUUAAGUUUAAUGGAAAGAAUGAGCAGAUGUAAUAUAUCAAAUAUAGUCAUUAUUUUAGUGGUGGAGGUAUAUAUGAUUGGAGAGAAAACGGUUAAAAAAUUGGAAAAUGGAUAGAAUUGAGCUAUGAAACUUUUAGGAGUAGGUAUUAUUAAUUUUUUAUGCUAGAUAUAUUUAAGUCAUCUAUUCUGGUGAAUAUAUAAAUGGGUUAAAAGUAGGUUAAUGGAAUGCCCAUUUUAGGGAUAGAGUAUUAAAUAAAGAAUUCAAGCUCAUGUAAGAGGAUGAUAUACAUUAGCCUAAUUUAGAGGUGGCGGAUAGUAUGACGAAGAAUCGCCGGAUGUAAAAGUUGGUAAAUGGGUCGAGUUGAGUAAGAAUUUUGGAGACGGAUUAGGAUAGUCAUAAAUAAUUUAUAUUGGUGAAUAUAAAAGUGGUUAAAAGUUUGGCCUAUGGGAUAUAUUUUGGGAAGUUGAUCUAAAGAGGAAAAAAAGAGAAUGGCUGUAGAAAUAUUUUUUGAGUUUAUUUAGAGGUGGUGGAUUAUAUGAUGGAUUUGGUAGAAAAGUGGGGAUUUGGGUAGAAGUAUGUGAUUGGUUUUAUGAGUAUCAAUAACUUAAUUACUUUAGUUGGAAAUAAGUGAAGUAUUAAGGUGAAUAUAAGGAUGGUAAGAAAAUUAAAUUUUGGUAUAAUUAUUGGAGGGAAAGAGGAGAAAAUAAAGUAUUUGAGAAAAUGUAUAAACAAAUAUAUGUUAAAGAGGUGGUGGAUCUUAUGAUGAGAAUGUGGAAGGCCAAAAAAAUGGAUAAUGGAUCGAUCUCAGCGAGGAUUUUUAUGAGUAAAUCAAAAAUUUAAUUUCAAUUUAGUCGAAAUUAAUACAUCUAUGAUGGUUCAUAUAACAAUGGCAGAAAGGUUGGUAUUUGGUAUGAAAUGAAGAGAUUUUGGAAAUCAGGAUUUCUUAAAACGUAUAAUAUUAUAAAUAAUAGUCUUAAGGCAAGCAUAGCUAUGGGAGUGA